AUGAACUUUCAGACCGUCAGCUGGUUUUAUCCAAACUUCUGGAAGACCCCGGGUAACAAACCGCCUCCGAGUAUACCUGUCUGCGGAUUCUACAACGAGAAAUGCCCAGUGGAAACCGAUGGAAGCAUAAUAAAGGUCAUAGGUGGCGCGGUCGGCGGUACGAUAUUUCUGAUAGGGGCGAUUAUUGCAAGCGUGCUGCUUCGACGCAAGCAGAACGAGGAGCAGCUGAUGCUGAUGCAGUGGAAGCUGAAGAGCGACGAGAUAACGCCGAUCGACACCAAGCAGUUGCGAGCCUUCAGCUCGAACUCAGUCAGCAUCGUAAGUACCGCAGCCGUCGCGGACGUUGACGUCAGCGUCAGCGUCGUGGCUGUUGGCGUCAGCGUCGUGGCUGUUGGCGUCAGCGUCAUGGUCGUGACUGUUGGCGUCAGCGUCGUGGCUGUUGGCGUCAGAGUCAGCGUCGUGGCUGUUGGCGUCAGCAUCAGCGUCGUCGCUGUGACGGCCGCCUCGCUAGAGGACACCCAGGCGGCCGAGCACAGCCUGCGACAGAAACACGAGGCGCUGCUGUCGCGUCUCUAUAUGUGUCGCGGUCGCAUGGCCGUACUGAAGCGGCUCACGCGCGAGCAGUUCCACGUGCCGCGAGAGGAGCUGCUGCUGCUCAAGGAGCUGAAGGACAUGUCACACGACAACGUCAACCUGUUCAUCGGCAUGUGCAUGGAGGGCGACAACAGAUCGAUCGUGAUGGAGUACUGUAACAAGGGAAGUCUAUACGACAUACUCGAGCACGAAGACACAAAGCUAGACUGGAACUUUCGUUCCUCCUUCAUCUUCGACCUCGUUAAGGGCAUGGAGUACCUGCACACGACUCAGUUCCUCAGCUCUCACGGCCGCCUGAAGUCAACUAACUGCGUCAUCGACUCGCGCUGGGUGCUGAAGAUCACCGACUACGGACCGCACUACUACACGAUCCCGCUAGACACGGCCGAAGCCUACAUGGACAAGAAAUCGCUGCUGUGGGCGGCCCCGGAACUACUUCGCACGCCGACACCGCCCUACCAGGGCACUCAUAAAGCCGACGUCUACAGCUUCGGUAUCAUCCUAUCUGAGAUCAUCAUCAGGGCAGCUCCGUACGACCACAACAACAAGGAAUUCGAUGAGAUCGUGCAGCGCGUUGAGCUUCGGGAAACGCCGCCGUAUCGUCCCGUACUGAACGACGCCGACCGCACGCAGUGCCCGGAGUCGCUCGUGCGCCUGAUGCACCAGUGCUGGAGCGAGGAGCCGGAGAGGCGACCCAGCUUCUUCGCCAUCCGCAGGGAACUGAGAAACGUGUUCGGCGACAAGUCUACGAACAUCAUGGACAAUGUUCUGAAGAUGAUGGAGACGCACGCCAACAAUCUGGAGAGCACGGUGAACGAGCGCACGAAGAUGCUGAUAGAGGAGAAGAAGAAGACGGACGUGCUGCUCUAUCGUCUGCUGCCCGCGACGAUCGCAGACGCGCUGAAGUUCGGCCGCGACGUGCCGCCGGAGACGUACGAACAAGUGACCAUCUUCUUCUCGGACAUCGUCGGCUUCACGAAUAUCUGUUCGCAGAGCACGGCGCUGCAGGUCGUCGACCUUCUCAAUGACCUCUACAGCACCUUCGAUGCCAUCAUCAAAAGCCACGAUGCCUACAAGGUGGAGACUAUAGGCGACUCGUACCUGGUCGCCAGCGGCCUGCCGAAGCGCAACGGUAGCCGACACGUCGCGGAGAUUGCCGACAUGUCGCUAGGCAUGAUGGUAGAAGUCAAGACCUUCCGUAUCCGCCACAUGCCCAGGACGCAGAUGAAGAUGCGCAUCGGGAUCCACACGGGCCCGUGCGCUGCAGGCGUCGUCGGCUCAGCGAUGCCUCGCUACUGUCUGUUCGGCGACACGGUGAACACGGCCUCAAGGAUGGAGUCGAAUGGCGAAGGUAUGCGCAUGCACGAAACAUG